UCCGGGUACGUUUUUUUUUGCGUUCGAGGCUUGGCCGCAGUAUUUUUUUUGUUCUAACCAAGGAAGUUUUAAAUGUACAAAAUUACGUGUCUAGGGCUCUGUGUCGCAUCGUAAAAAGUCCAAAGACUUUAUCAGCAGAAGUGACGGUUCCAUUUUUGAGAAGCACAAGAGUUCAAUUUUGGACGCCAACUCGUGGCAAUACAAGACAACGCGCUUUUAAAGCGCACCACCAGCCCCCGCCUUCUCCUCCUCGCUGUCAGGCGUUAGCUUCACUGGCUAGCAAGGCUCGCCCCUACCUUAAGGAUCAAAACAAACAAAUGACAGCGGAGCUCAGCUAGCGAGUACAAGACAAGGUGCAGAUAAUAACUUAAAAGUAUUGUUGGAUAUCACUAGGAAAACUGACGGCUGAACCGAUGUUGCGAAAUCGCUAAGUCUUCCGUCGAAGAAUGGCGGACCACCGAGCAACUGCGAUAACAUUGACUUCUCCGUACAAUCGUCGCGUCUUGCUCGCCUUUUCUCGCCCGCUGGAAGCCUCCGUUGCCAUUGAGAGGAUUUAUGGGCUCACAAGUUUCAUCUGAAGAGAUGAGCGUGCGUGCCGGCCAGGGAAGUGAUGAGGUGCUGGUGUCACAGGCUGUGUGGGACUACCUGGCCGCCGCUGGCAGGCCCUGGCUUCUCGACUUCCAGCACAAGCAGGGCAUGACCGCUGGCAUCGUCCGGCGAGGUGAGAGGGGGGGCUGCUGUGCGGUGAGGCUGCAGCCAGUGUCCGGUGCCAGGCGCGCUGGUGUGGCGGACGCUCCCGUUUCCAGCGAGACUCGCAAAGCCUUCAUUGAUCUGUGCCGCUCUGCCCGCAAGGAGAUGAGCAAGCAGGAGGGCGUCCCCAAGAGGAAGAGGGCCCUGCUGCCCUGUGUGGGGGUCCUGGAGCCAAACGGGGAGGGGAACCUGCUUCAACUGCCAACCCAGCCCCAGUCCCGUCGCUCUCAGAGACAGCAGCAGCAGAAGUUCCGCAAGGCUGCAGAAGAAGAGGCCUUCUCCGUGCUCCACGAGGCAGCCCAACGUAAAGACUGUGGAGCAUCGUCCCACGGCGAGGCGGAUGACAAUACAUCUUGCUCCAUCUGCAUGGGGGACAUUGUAGACAAGACUACCCUGGAGAAGUGUGGCCACUCCUUCUGCCGCUGUUGCCUGGAUCAAGCUUUCAAGGUGAAGAGGGCCUGUCCUGUGUGUCGUCUCGUUUACGGCCAGCUGAUCGGUAACCAGCCUGCCAAUGGCACCAUGAUUGUCGAGCGGGAUCCCGCCCUGCAGCUCCCAGGUCAUGAAGGCUACGGGUGUAUCUGCAUCAUUUACAGCUUCCCUCCUGGCUUACAGGCGCCAGAGCAUCCAAACCCGGGUGUGCGAUACCCAGGAACAGACCGUUCGGCCUACCUCCCUGACAGCCCCGAUGGGAACCGUGUGCUAGGCCUGCUGCGCCGGGCCUUUGAGCAGCGCCUUACCUUCACGAUCGGUACCUCCAUGACGACGGGCUUGCAAAAUGUCAUCACAUGGAAUGACAUUCACCACAAGACCUCAAUAUGGGGCGGGCCCCGCUGUUUUGGCUACCCAGACCCCACUUACCUGGUGCGUGUGACAGAGGAGCUGCGAGAGAAAGGCAUCACUGCAGACUGAAAUGAAAACGCUUCAGGAGUGAGGGCGGCGGGUAUGUAAUGGUUAAAGAUGAUUCCAGGUCAGUUUUGGGAAGACAUCCCAUGAAGGCUGGCCGCGGACACUCAGCAGACUGGUGCUGCUGCAGCAGGAUUUAUUUUGGUGUGCUCUCACUCGAGUUGACUUCAGAUCAGUGCUACUUAUUACGUGUGGACGAUGCAAGUGAGCACAGCUCACUUUUCUUUUCAGAUCACUCUGUCAUGAAGACACACUUUUGUUUCAAAUGUUUAUUUCUGCUCUGGGGAUUCCCUCAUUUUUUUUCAAAGCACACAUUUGUGAUCUUGCCUAUGUCUCAAAUUGAGUUCCUACUUUCUCAGAUGAUAGAUUAGCGUUGCUAAAAAUGACUUUUGUAAUCUAAUCUACUUGCAGGCACUUUUUUUGCACCAAUUUUCUUUUCCGAUUUUUGUUUGUUUUGCACAGCAGCUGUCUGUAGUUGCAUGAUGUCAUUAGUUAAGAAAACUGUAAUUUGUUUUCCUUGUGUCCGUCUUGAACUAAAAUAGGGAGUGUUUGAACUCUAAAGAUGUGACUUUUUAGACAUUGGUUACCCACGUUAUCCCAAGAUGUCUGCCAAGCAUCGAGCCCAUAAUACCUUAGUUAUUGUAUUCAUCUAGUGAUAGUUACCAGACUUACGAAGAUGUCAAAAUGAAGGGCAAACAAGCCACUAAACCAAAUCAAAGGCACAAAAGCUCUUCAAAGAAAAUCAAAUCUAUGCCUCGACCCUGUCACACUGGGAGAUUUGCCCGGUGAAGCUCGUUUAAAAUGAGUUUACCGUGGUAAAUGUUUUUCUGGAUCAAUGAUCAGCGGGGAGAAACUUAGGAGCAAAUAUAAUUAAAAUUGUUAUGGUUUGGAUUUUGUUGUGCCUUUUUCUGCUAAUUACUUUGAUAAAAGAUAGAUAAAAGAGCUUGACUUUACUCAUGAAUGGAAGCUCAGUAUGUUGUGGUUGUAUUUCCAUGUUAUGAGGUAAACAUCUAUGUUUGUAGCAAAGGGGCUCUCAUAAUUGAUCAGUAUAUCAAACCUCUGCCAAAGCAGGUUAUGCACAUACAGAUUUGCAAAAUGUUUACCAAUGUUAAGACAAUGACAAGUGGCCUGCUAGAAGCAGCAUGGUGCUACAAGGCACCAUGACUGCCAGAAAAUACAAAAAAGAAGGCACUAAGCUAAUUGUUAGCUUAUGUGGUAACUAUGUGGUGGCUCAAAACUUCUUAUAUUGACUGCACACAGGAAUUUAGAUCAUAAAGAACCAACAGGUUUUACAUAUACAGUUGUCGGUGUGUUAACUGUUAUCCUUGUAGAUAAUACAGCACACACCAGACAUCAGGAUCAGGCAUUAAGUAUAGUAAUCUCUUUUUAAGGCUAAGUUCUGAUGGAUCUGCUAAAAACAGCACUGGCCCGGAUUUAAAGCAAUACUUAAAAGGAGCCCUUUUUGGAAUGAUUUUUGAUCUGUAUAGUUUAUUUGGUAGUUAAUAACAUCAUUAGAAGAGUGACAAAAAUAAUUUUGUAGAAACUUCCAUUGUUUUUGGUCACAAUGCAUUCUGGGCCGUGAUGUAACAUGAUUGUUUUUAGCAGUUGCAGUAAUCUGUUAGCAACGAUAAGCUCCCGUGUUCAGCCUUUUUAAUUCAAACCAAAACGCGGACAAAAACAUGAGGAAAGUAAGGAAGAAGCCCGUGUGAAAAUGGAGAUCACGGACAUGAGGAAGCUAGUGCUUGUCAUUUUCAAACAUGCAUGCAUCUCAGUGGAUGCCUCUGUCGAAUGUGACUUUUGCACAUUUACAGAUUUCAAGUUGCAUAAAUGGCAUUUAGCAUUCGUUUGCUUUGUUGCGAAAUCGAUGCCCGUUGGUUGUCCGUGCAGCUACUGAAGAAGCAUGGUUCAGGUACGUCUUUUAGCACGGUUUUUAUUCUUCACUCGUGGGCAUUCAGGCUCUGGAAGUAUGGUAGGCACUGCAUUUGGUUUAAAAGAGUAAUGUUACAAUUAAUAAAAAAUACAUUAAAAAUUAUAAACAUCAAUAGGCACCUUCGGAUGAGGCCGGUAAACCUUGUCAGUUUCCGUGGUGGCCGUUUUUUUGAGAGAAGACGUGCUUCAAGUUACUGUAAUAUUGUGAGUAAUUUCGACAAAUAAAAUGAAUGAUGGAUCAUCCAACAAAUCAUAGAAAGUGGUAUGGAAAUUACUGCAAUCUCAAUUGUUUAAAUUGAUUUACGACAAUUGACAAACAAAUGACAAAAUGCGUUAAAAUGGUGGCAGUUCAAAACUUUUAUAUCAAAAAGCUUAACAUGGCUUAAUAUCAGAAAACUACAACCUAUCAAAAUUUACAUCCACAUCUCUACAUAAUGCCCACUUAAACCGCUGAAAAUACCAAAACAAUCGCCACGGUAUUUUGGAUCUUUUGGGCAUCAACCUUAAAUUCCCCAUUGAGGUUAACCAUAGAGCUUAACAGAAUGUAGUACGUGUUAACUUAUUAAAAAAUAUGACCAAUCUCAGCCAAAAUGCACAUGUACACCCCACUUAGGCCCACUUCAACCUCUGAAAAUAUUAAAGCAAUCCCCACGUAGUUUGGAUUUUACAUCCAUUAAAACCCCUUAACAUGUAGUGUCCCAAAUAGAACAAGCCUGGGGAUUUACAGGCAUCUUGAGAACAGCAAGAACUGCAAUAACAGAAUUUAUUUUAUUGUCUAUGCAUUCGUCGACCGGUGCCCCAUGUUUGAUUUGUUCGUUUUCCUCCAGCUUCGGCGCAUUUGUUUUCGUCCCAGCCACACAUCUCGCCCCCAGACAUACUAUUGCUCUGUGAUUGGUCCACAGUGGCUUGAGAAAAUCAGCGGGCUUGGGAUUCUUGGGGUUUUGUGAAUUCACAAAUACCACGAUAAGGUUAUGUUAGACAUGUUAGAAAAUGGCGCUCCUAGAGAUUUGAAGAAUGCUCCACAUUUUAAGAUGAAUAAUGAUAUAAUUGUAAUAAUUUUAGAUUUUUUAGAUGAAAAUGACAGGAAUGAUAAUCAAGCGUUUUCUUCAUUAUGGGACAAGCUUGAGUGAGCACCUAUAGAGAGGAAGACAGUUCAAUUUCAGAAUAUUGAGGUGAUUAUGAUAUUUUAGGAAUUGAUGUGGGCAUAGGUAGAGUUGCGCACAUGAAUUUUGAGUUUUGGUGGCAACUGGUUAUAGUUUUGUAACAUUAAGCCAUAUUAAAAACUUUUUUACGCACACAUUAGGCAUGUGGGUUGCAACGCUUACUCAACAAAUCAAGAUGGCGGAUGCGCAGAGAGAGGAGUUGUGGGCGGCACAGUUUUUACAGUGGCUGCUGCUUAUUGUGAUGACUGUUCUGCUCUCUUUCCCUGUUUAGUGGUUUAACCGUCGCUUCUAGCCAGACACACCAGUUCUCAUGCGCUGAGGGCAAUGGAAAACCUCAAAUGCAUCUGGAGUGCACAGCCACGAGUCUUUGGUCAGAUGGACACCCCCAUUGUUUUCUUAACUGUUUCUUAAGGAAAGCAAUGAAAUAACUUCACUUUCUUUAUUCCCUUUUGAUUGAAAAUUACAAUCAAAAGCCACGGAGUGUGGCAUUUUGACUCUUUUUUUGUAUGCUAGAAGUAGUUUGCAAUUGUUUGACUUUGCUCAGCAUAGGGCACCAAUGUGGGGAGCAACCAUACCACGUCAUCAUCCCCAAAUGGGUAUCAAAUUGCAUUUAACAAAUGUAUGCUGUGUAUUAAAUUAUGUAUUAUGUAAACAAAAAGGAUCAUUUCAAUUAAUGAGGAAUUAUGUAUUUCCAUCAACGUGUAGGUAAGUGGUUCUAUUUUGAGAAUUGCUCUGGUCGGGCUUCCUUUUAAAGAAAUUUAUAAUUAUAUACCUGUGGAGUGUGUGUCGUCUUCGCAGCCAAAUUGCAUGCAAAUAUGGCGAUCAAGGCAGCCACUCUUCACUCCCCAAUAUAACAUUAUUGUUAUUUAAAGCAGUACUCGACAAAAUUUAUUAUAUAGCCUAUAGGGUUACCUGUGGAUGAAAUAAGUGACCAACAGUGCACAUAGAAUGGGGCCUUUGAAACCUGUAUUGCAGUGUUAAAAAUAGUAAAGAUGAGUGAUCACUUUCAGUGGAUAAAACUCAAAAUAUUUAAUUUUAUAUACUAAAAGUGCAAGAACGUGUUGAUUUCAGCACAUUUAAUUAUCAAAUUUGUACUGGCCUAAUUGGACCUACACCAGUGAACUGCCGGUGGCGCCACACUUUUGUGGUGGCCCUGGGCCAUCGGGCCCCAGUUAUUGUGUGAUUGGAAUAAGCAGGCAAAUUUAGCCCAGUUAUUGGUAUGUGUGAACCUCGCUCAAGGGGAGUAAACUGCUAGGCUUAGUGAUUCAAUUUGUCAACAUUUCACCUCUGCGUUUUUGUGCUCAUUUCUGUUUUAGGGACCAACCAAUUUUUUGGACACAGGAUUGUAGUUUUGCAAAAGCUACUGUAUAAAUAUUUCUAUGCAUCAUAUGUGACUGAGAAGAAAAUGGGAAGGAAGCUUACACAUGGUACAGAAGGAUGCAAUUCAGCUUUUCUGUUAAUUGGUUCUUUGUUGAUAUUCACAAUAAUGUGCUUUAAAUUUUAAAACUUGAAUAAAACUUUGUUUGGCA